AGCUCAGAGGUGAUGUCAUGGCGAGAGCGAGCAGUGGUGCUGAUGUGGAGAGAAGCCCAGGGUACCACUAAUUGAGAGAGUGAGGAAGGGAGCACCUCGCUUCGAGCGGGACUGCAGAAUACUCUCUUUCUCAGAUUUGUGACGGCAUCCUGAGUUGGUGACAGACCUACUUUGUGACUUUGAGCCAGACUCAGCCCUCACCAUCCAGAAAACAUGACCCUCGCUGCCUACAAAGAGAAGAUGAAGGAGCUUCCACUGGUGUCCUUGUUCUGCUCCUGUUUUCUGGCCGAUCCCCUGAAUAAAUCAUCCUAUAAAUAUGAAGGCUGGUGUGGGAGACAGUGUAGGAGGAAAGAUCAAAGCCAGCGGAAAGACAGUGCUGACUGGAGAGAAAGAAGAGAGCAGGCAGAUACAGUGGACCUGAACUGGUGUGUAAUUUCUGACAUGGAAGUCAUCGAACUGAACAAAUGUACCUCGGGCCAGUCCUUUGAAGUCAUCCUGAAGCCACCCUCCUUUGAUGGGGUUCCCGAGUUCAAUGCCUCCUUACCCAGGCGGCGAGACCCAUCACUGGAAGAGAUCCAGAAGAAACUAGAAGCAGCUGAGGAACGAAGGAAGUACCAGGAAGCUGAGCUCCUGAAGCACCUGGCAGAGAAACGAGAACACGAGCGAGAGGUGAUCCAAAAAGCCAUUGAGGAAAACAACAACUUCAUCAAGAUGGCUAAGGAGAAACUGGCUCAGAAGAUGGAAUCGAAUAAGGAGAACCGGGAGGCCCACCUUGCUGCCAUGUUGGAACGGCUGCAAGAGAAGGACAAGCACGCAGAGGAGGUGCGGAAAAACAAGGAGAUGAAGGAAGAGGCCUCCAGGUAAAGCCCAGAGGCCAAAGAAGUUUCCAGAACAGCCGGACAGCUCCAGCAGCUCCGCAGUUCCCAAGGCAGCCUCGUCCGCCGUCGGCUGCUCUCCCAGCACUGGGGUUUGGGGGGAGGGGGGUGGCCAGGGGUGUUUCCUCUGCUUUUGGUGUUUGUACAUGUAAAGAAUUGACCAGUGAAGCCAUCCUAUUUGUUUCUGGGGAACAAUGAUGGGGUGGGAGAGGGGAGAGAAGGAGAGAAUUUGGGAAAGGAGGUAGAGAAGAACCCAUGGACAUUGCAACCCUGCCCACCGCAGACUCAGGUCAAGUCCUUGGCUUUUCUUCACAGUGAACAUCCAGACACCCUGUCAAGGGAAGCUACAAACGGGGCAGUAGAAGUACCAAGUGAAGGGUGGGGUCCUGGGUGAUGGUGUGGCUGCAGGGCAUGGAAGGAGAAGCCCAGGGAGUGGGUGGGGGGCCCGGAGGUCUUGCUUCCGCCCUGAACAGGUGGGAUGAGGUCUGAGUGUGUGUGUGUGUAUUAACCAUCAUCUUUUGAUCAUCAUGACCAAUGAAAUAUUUA